AUGGGUGACACUAGAAAGAAGAAAAAGUUCUACUUUCGCAAACGUAGGAACAAAUAUUUCUUGGAACCCGGCUUUCGGGGCUUUUUCUGCACGUGUAACUUCAGGGAAAAAGACUGUGUCAAAGAAAUGUACAAUCUGUUAAAUGAAUAUGCCGGGAAACUAUAUCCAGAUCUAGGAAUUGAACAAACAUCUGCUGUACCUCAAUCAGCUGCGCAGGAAGAUGACAGGUCUGAGAGCGAGUCCGAGGAUGAGACUGAUAUUGGAGAUAUACUAAGACGAGAGGUUGAGUCCAUAAAAAAGGAGUCCCAAAAAUCUCUACGAGAUAAAAGGUUUCAAGUUGUGGAGACUGGAGCUUCAAACUGCAUUUUUGUCAAAACAAAUCUACCUAGUCCAGAAGAAUUGACAGCAGCUAUUAUAAAAGAUUUAUUUACGACGAGGCUACAGAAAACGCGACAUGUGUUGCGUUUACUUCCGAUCAUGGCUACAUGUAGAGCCAAUCUCCCCGACAUCAUGGAGGCUGCUGGCAAGCUCUUUGAUAAAUUUUUCUUGAAAGAGCCAUCAACCUUUGCAGUUAUUUUUAAUAAACGGUUCAACAACUGUGUUUCUCGGGAGUUGAUUAUUAAAGAGCUUGCAGAUCUCAUAGUUUUGAAAAAUGGUGGUAACAAAGCUGAUUUGAAGAAUCCUGGUCUUUGUAUUAUAGUUGAAAUCAUCAAGGGAAUGUGCUUGCUUAGCAUUGUUGACAAUUACUUUACAUAUAAAAAAUAUAAUCUUCAUGAAAUAUGUAAAGAGGACCCCACCAAUGAUUCUGAGGGAACCCAAGCUAAGAAGUUCAAGAGUAAUGUGACCACACAAGCUGAAGAAAAUAAUGAUUAA